GUCCGCUUUCCUUGCAGCCCAUUACGAUGAACCAGGAUUGCCCGUGGGACGAAGCUGUCCAGCAACACUUGAAGGACUCGUUCUCAUUAGUGCAAUUUGUGAAAAAGUAUAGACCGCUAAUUUAUGGAGAAUGGGAUAAACCGGCAACUCCUUGGCGAACGAGAAAGGGCCGAUGGAUAGGGAUUUUCAGACGAUUGGUACAGGAAGAAGAUCGCCCUGUUCUCGAGAAGGUUUUGGCUACGGAGUCCAAGGAACUCAAUAUUAUAUUUGAACAAGAAGAGAUUUUGGCGAAUAUUCAACAGCAGAGCCUUACACGCGGUUUGGAAGUCGUUAGCACACGCUUUGAAGAUGGGACUAUUCAAGAAACCUUGGCAAUUGGAACGACAUCGUACCGCACCCAAAAUGCUCGGUACCAUCCAUAUAACAGGAUAAUCAGACAUGAAAUUAACCAUUAUGAUGAGGAUCACGCUACUCUCGAAAGCCUUCCUACAAGAUUACCAAUGGAGGAAAUACCCGGUCUGGUGGAUAUACUAUCCGGACGCGACACGCAAUUAGCUACAGAUCUGCAAGUAGCAGGUGUCAAUUGCAGUCGUUUAGUGCGUUUGGUCAUACGGGACAUCUAUAUGGAUCAACAAAAAGUCGAGAAUGAUCGAUGUUUCGAGGAGAGUGACCCUGUAUCUAUUGUCUCUUUAAAGCGCGGUCUAUUAGUAGACAGAUGCAUGCCUUCGUGCUAUCAGCCCUAUGUUAGCAUCGCCGAAUGGUCGAAUAUCUACCGUUAUUUCGCAUCUGACUGUGAAAUGUGGACACCUCUUGUGACUCCGCCCCGCGCGACUUUGGUACAAGCUGUGAAUAGUUUGGAAGUUGCGAUGUUGGAGGAUGAAAUUACUGAAGAUUAUGAGCAAGAAGUAGACUUGGGUGACCUUACAUCUGAUGAGCGAGAUGCGCUUAGAUCACUGUAUCGUCAUUUACAUGUUAAAUUGCCGCAGCGCCAGUCAGAAGCGUCGUAUACAGCCAAAUACUGUCUUCCGCAUUUUAACCGUUUAGUAAGGAACAAAAGAUGGGACAUAGCUAUAGACUCUACGAUGGCUGAUAGAAAAAGACCAGACAUCACCAUAUCAGCUCAUGGGCGAAUCAUACUAGUAGCUGAAUUAAAAGGCCCUUUCGCAUCAUCAACAAAGCGAAAGCUGGAAUUAGGAGAUGGAUUACAGCGGGCCUUACGGCAGCUUAAAGCGGAUACGUUACAAUUUGAUUGGGGUGAGAUUCAGCCUCGAAUGUAUACGGCCAUAUCGCCAGAUGGGCUUUGCUUUCACAUAUAUAAAGUGCAAAUAGUGGACGAGUUGUGCUUUUUCGUUCAGUUGGGCAAGGUUCCAAUUGCCAACUCAUUUGAAAAUAGUGCAAAUGUCGGCCGCUGUUUGAUGGGUUUUGGCGCGUUACGGAAUAUACUAAAUGAGCAUGCGAAGAUAAUUAAGGAUCAACCCAGACGCCACGUCUUUCAAUCCUUGCCAUCCCUUCCAAACACCCCCGACAAGAGCAAGGUUUUAGCGGAUCUACGACGGGUGUACCCACAAGCAGCGUCCCCACUCUCAAAGUCCCGCCGUCGAGAUUCCACGAUAGAAAAGCAAGAGCAAUAGACGUAGUAGCCUUAUAUUUUGAAUGCAAGUGUUACGCCCCUUCAACAUCCCUACAAAUGCCUCUGGAGCACUCUCCAAUCCCUCGUCAAUUUGCUCCUUGUAUACAAUCUUGCCCUCCUUGACCCAAUUGAACAUGUCUUUUCCAAAGUUCGCCAUCAACUCCUUGUCCGCCCAGAAAUCUCCAACCAAGAAUCCUUGUAUCUUGAUACGUUUUCCAAUGAUUUCAAGCAAGUUCUUGACACCGUAUGGUGUCUCGACAUUGUAUUGCGAAAUACCACCGCAGACGGGAAUACGACCGUGUACGUUCAUGUGUGUCAGUGCUGCGUCGAGCAUUUCGCCUCCCACCUGACACCAACAAAACACAUUGGUGAAUUGGCGAACGAUAAACAUGAUAAUUUGGUAGAAAUUUGAAAACAUACAUUGUCGAAAUACACAUCAAUGCCUUUGGGGCAGUACUCUUUGA